AUAGUAAAUAUUGCAUACAUAUAUAUAUAUAUAUAUAUAGGAGAGGGGAGGAGAAGCACUUUGUUGAGAAACUAAGUGUUUGUAUAUAGCCAUGGGUUAUAGGGCACAUGAGUCCCUUUUCUUAUUCCUCCUCCUCCUCCUCAUCCUCCUCGCGAUUUCGACGGCCGUGAUGGGGGCGAGAAUCAUCGGGGGUUCGAGUUCGACGGUCGAGAUCAUGCGGCAUAGGAGAAGGGCCGCUUUAGAGAAUGGCCUUGGUCGAACUCCUCAAAUGGGGUGGAAUAGUUGGAACCACUUCUACUGCAACAUCAACGAGCAAGUAAUACGUGAAACAGCUGAUGCAAUGGUAAAUAGUGGCCUAGCAAAGUUGGGGUAUGAAUAUAUUAAUAUAGAUGAUUGCUGGGGAGAAUACAACAGAGAUUCUCAGGGAAAUUUAGUUGCCAAGGGAUCAACAUUCCCCUCAGGCAUAAAAGCUCUUGCAGAUUAUGUCCAUGGAAAGGGACUCAAGCUUGGAAUUUAUAGCGACGCCGGGUCACAAACAUGUAGUGGGAAAAUGCCUGGUUCACUUGGACAUGAAGAUCAAGAUGCCAAAACAUUUGCCUCAUGGGGGGUUGAUUAUUUGAAAUAUGAUAACUGCAACAAUCCUGGAACAAGCCCACAGGAGAGGUACAAUAAAAUGAGCUCAGCUCUUCAGAAUUGUGGAAGGAACAUUUUUUUCUCUCUCUGCGAAUGGGGCCAAAAUGAUCCAGCCACAUGGGCUCGCGGGGUCGGAAACAGUUGGAGAACCACAGGAGAUAUUGCAGACAACUGGAACAGCAUGACAUCUCGUGCUGAUGAGAAUGAUAGAUGGGCAUCAUAUGCAGGACCAGGUGGAUGGAACGAUCCUGAUAUGCUUGAGGUGGGAAAUGGUGGGAUGUCAACAGAGGAGUAUCGCUCACAUUUCAGCAUAUGGGCAUUAACAAAGGCUCCGCUUCUAAUCGGGUGCGAUCUCCGCUCAAUGAGCCAAGAUACUAAGGAUAUACUCGGCAAUUCGGAGGUUAUCGCGGUUAAUCAAGAUAAGCUUGGAGUUCAGGGGAAAAAGGUGCAAUCAAGUGGCGGUUUAGAGGUUUGGGCUGGGCCACUUAGUGGUGGGAGUGUGGCUGUGGUUCUAUGGAACAGAUCAGGUUCUCAAGCAUCCAUUACAGCAAACUGGUCAAAUAUUGGGCUCAAAUCAUCAACUGUUGUCGCGGCCCGCGAUCUAUGGGCUCACACAAGCAUGUCAUCAGUUCAGGGGCAGCUCACAGCUACAGUGGCAGCUCAUGCUUGCAAGAUGUAUGUUUUGACUCCAAAUUGAGAGAGAGAGAGAGAGAGAGAGAGAGAGAAUAAAAAGAAUGACUUUUCGUGUGGAAUGUGCGCAAGCACAAAUUAGAAAAAAAGAGAGCUAUUUUAGCUGUAUUGAGAUGUCAUUUUAAUGUACCAGAAUAAUACUAAGGUUGGGGUUGUAUCUACAAUUUAGAGUGUAAGAAAAUGUUGUGUUGGAUUCAGAGCAAUGAGAAUAAAAUUAUCUUUUGUAUUU